UUCUAUGGUCAACAAACCUCAAGAUGGAAGUAUCUGGAAAAAGGCGUGACCCUGACCUUAACAAGGGCUCCGAUGACACAACUGUCUACUGUCAGCCGUGUGAAGAGGAAGGCAAACGCUCUGUAGCCCAGGGAUUCUGUCAGACCUGCCAAGAGUACAUGUGUGAUCCCUGUAUAAAGGCCCAUAAGAAAUUCAAGGUGUCCAGGAACCACAUUAUGUUGUCCAAAGACAUGAUGCCGUCUUUCUACCCGUCCACCAAGCAGUCUGACAUCGGUGUAACUGAAUAUUGUAAAACACAUCCGAAUGAGAUGAUCAAGUUUUAUUGUCCGACCAUCAGCGACCUUGGUUGUGGUGACUGUGUUGUCAUCGGUCAUCGCUCGUGCAAAGUCGACUACAUUGCUGAUGUGUCUAAAGAUUUCACCAAUGGAAGGGAAUUCCGGGAGCUGGAACCAUCUAUUAAACGAGAAGAAGAUCUUAUAUCUGGGUGCAUAAGUAAAGUAAUGAAGCUUUUUGAGGAGGUCGAACAGCAGUCUAAGUAUGUAAUCGACAGACUGAGAAAGUUCCGGGCAGAAAUCAACACCUACCUGGACCGACGCGAGAAGGAAUUGCUCGGCAACAUCCAGAAGGUGAAGACCGAUGAUGAAAGCGUGCUGACUGAGCUGAAGACUGAUUGUGAGUUGGCGAAAAACGGACUUGUGACCACUAGGACAGAACUGACUUCCGGGGACGUCCCGGACAACCAGCGGUACGUGACGGCAAGGAGAGCCCAAAAGGAGCUACGGGAGAUCCAUGACAAGAUGGAGAAGAUGGCUGGUAGGAUGAAGGUCCGGAGGUGCCGAUUUUUUAAAGACGCGGACACAGAGGGGCUGCUGGAGUCGAAAAUGGGCAUUGGAACACUGGCCGUGGCGGGAGAGUUUGUGCUGCGUUUAUAUAUCCAAAUUUGUCCAUGGGUUCCAGUUCCUGGUCUCUCCACUGUGACAUGGAAGAAGGAGGCGGAUAUCAACGUUAGAAUGACUCAGGACAAGGAAACCUGCUGGAUAAGUAGCUCAGCCCUGAUCUCGCCUGGUCUCUUCCUUCUCGCUGACUGCAAUAAUAACUGUGUCAAAAUGGUAGACUUAAGCAGCCGCACCGUGACGGCCCGCCUCCAGUUGCCAGGCCAACCAUGGGAUGUGUGUGUGCUCGCUGAUGACCAAGCCGCCGUCACUUUCACGAUUAAUUCCAUGAUUCAGCUGUUGUCAACAAAAGGAGGACAGUUGUCGCGUGGAAAGGAAAUUAAAGUAUCACCUGAGUGUCGUGGUAUUACGUCUUAUAACAACAGAUUAUACGUUUUGUACAAAUCAAACCCACGUAUUGAAGUGAUGACAUUGGAUGGUCACAUCAUAAGUACAUUCCAAACAGAUGACAAAAAAAGACAACUUUUUCAAGCACCAUAUUACCUGACUGUGUCAGCAUCAACACCACCGACCCUGUACGUGUCUGACUUCUCUGCCAACACCGUUCUCCAGCUGUCCCUGGACGGGGAGGUUCUGCGUGAGUACCGAGACGAGCAGUUCACCUGUCCCAGGUCCGUGGUGGAAGUAGGGCCUGGUCAGAUGCUCGUGUGUGGGAUGGACAGCAACAACGUGAUGCUGCUGAUGGAGACGGAUGGAAAGAUGACGGAAAUACUGGGAGAGAAGGACGGACUGGCUGUGCCUAACUCUGUGACCUUCUGUCCUCACACACGUGCCAUAGUUGUCGGCAUGUUCUGUCAUGACUCACUGAAGGUCUUUCAUUCAAAUAGACAGAAAUUUCAUUACAUGUCGUGAUUUUGUUUUCUCUGGCAUAAAUUACUUUGUAUUCAAUGAUGUUUGAGCAAGUGAAUAGUAAAUGAAAUCAUUUUUAUUGUUCAACAAAUGCUUAUUUAUUCGUUGUAAACGAGUUUUAUCAAACUGAAUUAACAUUGCUUUAUAUGCGGAACAAAAAUGUAGAUGUAGAUUUCUCAUGGUUUUAAAGUAAAAAUUAUAUGUUUGACUUACUGUAAAACCAAUAUUUUGGGUGAACUUUCUUAUUCAAACUUUAGACUUUAUAUCAGAAUUGUUUUAAAUAUGUUAAACCUGACCUCGCAUAAAAUACGACUACAUUUUACGUUAAUGCAAAGAAUUUUGAAGAUUCUAUGAUGACUAUUUAAAAUGAAAAUUUCCAAGUUUAAUCCAGCCUCCAUUGAAAACCUUCUAUUUCUUAAAAACUGACAAGCCUGUCUUUAGACUUUCAAAUUAUCUUAUUUUAGACGUUUGCCUAACUGUUAUUGACAAUGUUUCUAAUCUGUCUAAGUUAGACAUAGAAUGAAAAUAACCGUAUAUUUCCCUUUAUUAAUACAAGAAAUUCUUGGGUGUACUGACUUUCACUAAAAUUUUGUAUUCAUUUACUUUCUUUCUUCUCUAUUGUGAUACUAGUUUUCUGUAUUAACCUUUAACCAA